CAAUAGUUUGUGCAACUAGGAACCGCAUCUGGACUAUAAAUAGGCCACCUGAUGAACUGAUUCGAGUCACCAUUCUUACUAGCACUGCCACACUUAGCAACCCAGGAAUAUGGAUUUGUUUCUGCCACUCCUCUCAUUUCUUUUGAUUCUUGGAGGACAAGGUAGCCAUCAUGCAAGUUUUGCCGAUGCGCCCAAGAUGACUUUGACAAACAUGGAGACGCUGAUGGCAUACUGGGAGGCGGCGCUUCCAGGAAUUCCGAUUCCCGCAGCUAUAAGCGACCUGUUAGCCCAACAAAAAGGGCUGCCAAAAAUUGGACCAAACUAUGAGAGAGUCAAGUCAGAAGCUGGUCACAGGGAAAACCAUGUUCAUAUCAUAUCACAAGUUGAAGAUGAUUUAAAAGAGGCCCAUGGGUAUCAUGGUGAACAAGGUAUAAAGAAGGUCGUGAUGGCACAUGAGCCAAACAUUGGUAAGCAUCUGAAGAGACAACCAUUCUCAGAUGGGUUACAAGCUAAGAAUUAUGUAGAAGAACAAAUUGCUGGGCAUAGAACAAAAAUCGAAGAAAAUCUAAAGGAAAUAUCAGUGUCAUAUGGGUCAGAAGGUGAUCAUAAUUAUAAGAAAGUUCCACUAAAUUUGAAGAAGAUCGUUGCAGCAUAUACACCAUUGAAAGAUAAAAGCCUUAAGGAAAUAUCUGUGUCAUAUGGAUUAAAAGUUGGAGAAGCCCACAAAGAAGUUUCAGGGUCGUAUGGUUUAGAAAGUGAAAAUAAUUUAAAAGAAAUAUCACUGUCAUAUGGUGUAAACAGUGAUGAUACUCCAAAGGAAGAGUCGCCACAUGAAGAGAAUGUAAAUGAAAUCUCAGUGUCAUAUGGGUUAGAAGGUUCAAAGAGUUUAAAGAAAGUUCCACUAAAUUUAAAGAAAAUCCUGGUAGCACACACACCUUGGAAAGAUGGAAAUCUAAAGGAAAUAUCUGUAUCAUAUGGAUCAAAAGGCCAAGAGAUUUCAAAGGAAGCAAAAGGAAUAUUUGGGUUAAAAGGUGAAAAGGAUUUGAAAGAAAUCUCGGUGUCUUAUGGUGUUGAUGACCAUGAAAAUAUGAAGGAAAUAUCUGUGACAUACGGAUCAAAAGAUCAAGAAACUCUAAAGGAAUCCUCAGGAUCAUAUGGGUUUGAAGGUAAAAAGGAUUUAAAAGAAAUUUCAGUGUCUUAUGGCGCGGGCGGCCAUGAAAAUCUGAAGGAAAUAUCCGUAUCAUAUGGAUCAAAGGACCAAAAAAAUCACAAGGAAGGAGAAGGAUCUUAUGCGUUGAAAGGUGAAACUGAUAUAAAAGAAAUCUCAGUGUCCUAUGGUGUAGACAGCCAGGAGUUUGUAAAGGGAUUAUCCCCAUCACACGAAGAAAAUCCAAAGGAAGUCACGAUUUCAUAUGGGUCAAUUGAAGAUAAAGAUGAACAAGUCGACGCUCUGCAUAAAGUAAAAGGAGAGGGGAGCCACCAUGUUCACACUCACAGCUACAAGAACAAGAAAGAGGCAGAUGUCUUUUUCUUCCAAGACAUGUUGAGGCCAGGGUCCUUGAUCACCCCGACCAUCCCGCCGACUACCUCCAUGCCGGCGCUUCUCUCAGGCGACGUCGCCGACUCCAUCCCGUUCUCCGCCGAGCACCUCUCAGACAUCAUCACAAUGUUCGCACCGGCGUCCCUCGCCAUGACCAGAGAGAUACGGUGGACGCUGGACACCUGCGAGCACCCACGGACGCUCCCCGGCCAGAAAGCAGGCUGCGCCACCUCCCUCGAGUCCCUCGCCGAGCUGCCGGCGUCCCUCCUUGGGAGGCGUAACAUCCGUGCGUUCUCCGCCAUGGAUCUACCCAUGGAUGCCCCAGGGACACCGGCGCUUAGGGGUAAGUACAACGUGACGGCUGCACGGAAGCUCUCCGGGUCAUCAUCUGAGGUCGUGACCUGCCAUGACCUGACCUACCCUUACGCGGUGUACUACUGCCACACAUCCAGCCCUACGGCCGCCUACAUGGUGACACUGACGAGCGUGGAGGAGGAUACCUCGCCGGCGACGAUGGAGGUCAUGGCCGUGUGCCACCUUGACACGUCAUUGUGGAGCCCGAAGAAUCCGUUCUUUGAGCUGCACAAAGUUGGGCCAGGUGAUGUGGCCGUGUGCCACUUUCUCACUAAGCUGAGCAUCAUCUGGGUGUCAGUUGACGGGCAUGUCGACGCACUGUAGAAGGGAAGGUUCUGGCCCAAAUGUGUCUUUUUAUGUGAGCUAGACAUACAUGUAUCAAGAUAUAUGUGGUAUGAAAUAAGUGGGUGCUUGCCAAUACCACUUAUAUUUAAUUAAUAAUCGUGAGAUCUUAGUUGCUUA